AUGGCUCCAACCAUUCGCAUGACAGUUGCCGUUCUUGGAGCUACCGGACAGCAGGGUGGCUCUGUUGCUCGGGAGCUCUUGGCAUAUCCUGAAAGAUACCUUGUACGCGUUCUGACGCGCAACGCAACUUCAUCAAAGGCAUUGGAUCUUACCAAUCUUGGAGCUGAGAUUCGAACUGCGGAUCUUAAUGACCAUCAAAGCCUUCGCCCUGCUCUCGAUGGAGCUCAAAUCAUCUUUGCUAUGACAGACUUUUGGCAGUCUAUGUCGGCAGAUGUGGAGGAGUCCCAAGGCAAAUCUUUGAUGGAUAUCCUAUCUUCUUUACCACAGCUGGAGCAUCUUAUUUGGGCAUCUUUGCCCGACGGCCGGAAGAUUUCGGACGGGAAAUACUCCAACAUCUUCCAUUGGCAGAGCAAAGCUGCCGUCACUGGCUACAUUCGUGAUUCAAAACCGGGUCUGUGGGAAAAGACGACCGAAAUUCUUUUUCCCAACUACUUUGAGAAUUGUCUCACUGCUCCUUCUCGCUAUUUGCCCGUGAAGAUAAAUGAUGUCUAUAUCCGCUCUUUCCCCCUUAGUCCAGGAACUACACUGCCAAACGUGGCAAUUGAGGAUACGGGAAAACUGGUGGACUAUGUGAUUCGUCAUGGCAGUACCUACCAAACAAAGACGAUUACCUUUUUCUCUGAAGAACUAAGUGAAGCUGAGAAAGCGGCAACUAUUGGUAGAAUCUACGACAUUCCCGUGAAAUACAAGAAAAUUACUAGCGAAGAAUUCCAAGCAACACUCACGGACAUGGACCCUACAACGGCUCUGGAUUUUACAGAGCAAUUGAUGAUUUUCGAAGACUGUGGAAUGAUCUACAAUCGACCGGAAUUCAUUCAGGCUAACAAAUUGCCUGGGCUGAAACUGAAAUCUUGGGAGGAAUUUGUUACAUCCAACGAUGUUUUAUCCUAUAUUAUUGACGGCUGA